AUGCUACGCCAGAGGUUGUCAUCGACCUGCAAUCAGUGCAGGUCACGCAAAGUUCGCUGCCUAAAACCAAAAGAUGGCGGUCCCGAUGCAAAAUGCCACAACUGCGAGAAACGGGGUGAUAAAUGUGUAUUUCAAGCAUACAGAAGAAAGUUUCGGGAAGCAGCCAAUCUUUCCUCCCCUAGCGUUGCUCCCUUUCGCGACGUGAAUGAUAUUGGCUCACCUGAGUAUCAAUCUAAGCCACAAGCGCGUGAACUAUCCACGUCUACUCAGUCCAUUCUAGCACAGGAUUCUUCCGAUCCAUUACCUCUCUACGUGGAUCAGCUCAUCGAAGACCAUCGCGUUCCCGGGAGGACUCGCUAUCUGGAGACAAUUGUCACGUUUCUUUGUCAAGUCGGAAGCGCAAGUAUUGGGUACUUCUCUGAAAGUCGCAUACGGGCACUCACUAAUCGCUUGGGUCACACCGGAGUUGAAUCUCUGCUGAAUCGAAUUUCCGCCGUUGUGCAUGAUCGCUAUGAACGCCACCAUGAACAACCGGCUACCGACAAGCUAUGGCAGAAACCCGAAAGCUUACCUGAAGUGGAGGAAGCCACGAUGAAGCUUUAUGUUAACUCAUAUUUUAGCCAGCUUCAUCCAGUCUACCCAUUUCUUGAUCGAUCAAAAUUUGAACAAAGAAUAUCGAACAUCAAUCUAGCUGCGGAUCUUAAAAAGGAUAUCCACUGGUCUGCAUUGUAUCAUACUAUCCUGGCUUUAGGUUGCCAGUACCAUGAUGGCGGUGCCUUCGAACCUGGGAAAGGGAAAAGCUGGCAAUUCUACCAGGUAGCUCUGGGAUUUGCGUCCGAUAUAUUUGUCGGAGCCGAAUGCCUGGGUGGAGUACAGGCCAUCACCGCAAUGGCAAUCUUUGCGCUCAAUUUUUCUUACAUGCACCUUGACUCUCUUUUUAUCAAGCAAGCUGCCUGUGUAGCACAGCGCCUGAGAUUGAACGCAGCAUCAGAUACAGCAGACCAACAUAUUCGAUAUCGAACUUUCUGGGUGAUCUACUUCUUGGAGAAAACGCUUUCUUUUCAUCACGGCAAUACCUCGGUGAUCAUGGACUCCGACAUAGGAUGCCCCGUUCCUACUAUUCCGGAAUCUGUGUUUGGUGACUAUAAUUGGUUGACUGCAUCCGCUGGUCUUGCUCGCUUUUUAUCAAGAGCAUAUGAGUCUCUGUUUUCAAUUAGCGCAACGUGGAAUACAGAGGUAUCUUACUACCGGAAAAUAGACACUAUGAAGAGCCUGCUCGAACGGUGGCGGCAGUCAAUACCGAUGAUUUUUCGGCCCGCGGAGCCAUUCCGGGCACAAUCAUUGCACGGCUCCUGUGAGACGUUCAUUGCUCUGCAGACUCAUUUUUACUACCAUAAUGCGUGUAUCGCGCUUUGCCGCUUGACCUUGCACUUGGGACGACAUUCCGAUGGCCCUCGACAGGUAGCCGCCAGAAAGGCUAUUAUGCAAGCGGCACGGUCAAUUAUUGAGUUACUGCGACAUAUUGACAUGGAGGCUUACACGCCAGUUUACAUCCUUGCUCACUUACCCUUAUCGGCGCUGUUUAUUCUCUUCGACCUCGUUAUUCACAACCCGACGCACCCAGAAACGGCUAGCAACCUUGCUCUGCUGGAAGUAGCUGGAGGCCACUUUAGUAGGCUAGAGUAUGCCACUGGCGGCUCAUUACCUAGCUCUGUGCUUGCUGAGUUUGCGUAUAUUGCCCGGAAUUUCGUCCGCACGUAUCCCUUGGAAGGAAAUGAUGCAAGUACCAUCGCAGUGCCGACUAAUGCGGCUAUUGAUCCGCCGCGUAUGAAAGAGGAUAGCCUGUCCUCAGCCGCGCCUUUCUUGGGAAAUGAGACGCAUGACCACCGACCGCCCUUGGCCAGCCCAGACACUCUACCGUUAUUUUUUCCUGCUAUUGACGACAUGGAUGCUGGGGAUGGCUCUCUGACUGGGUUCGAUGUAACGGACCUUUUCGGAACUAGCAUCCCGUUCGACCAGAACCUACCUUUCUGA